UAAACUUGCGUUUUACCUGCUUUGACCAAACGUUGAUGGCACUAAUGACAGCUUCUUAAUUAGACAAAGUUUCAAGAAUGUCGACGAAGAAACUUGCUGCUUGUGCUCUUAGUCCACGGUUUGCUUUAAUGUUUCGGCGGAGGGAAAACAGGCAUUCCACUCGAUUUAGUAUUAUUUUUACAGUUUCCGUUACUGCUGAGAAGCUCCUACUUUUUGUAAGUUUGAGAGAGCCUGAAAUAAUUCAAGUUCUCAGAGAAGCGAGCGUAGGCAAGGAGGUACCGUGCAUCUUUGCAACUAGAUUUGGGAGAAGAAGGGGAAAUCAGGGCUACUGGUUUCAAUUUCUCCCUCUGAAUCUUUUUCCCUGCACAUUUUAUUUGAACUAUCUCACAACCAUAUUGAAUGGAGCAGGGCACUGGGGGAGGAAGCUCUUCACUAGUUACCAUUCAAAAGGUGUCGGCUAAAAUCUCAUUGCAAAAAGCAUGUUUUCACACCCGGCGAGCGGUUCAGCGGAGAUAGGAGCCAGAAAGCCUUUGCUAAGUGGAAUUUAUACACGUUGCGCACUAGAGAUCAGCAGCGUCUUUGUGACCAUUCUUAGAGGUUCCUGGCACCCAAACUUUACUGAAAUGCUUAGAAAGGUACAGCCGGGCUCGCAGUCCGUGACUUCAUGCCGCUGAGGACACGCGUAAGUGCUCGGCCGCGCUAAAGCACAGGGGUUUUUACAUUGCGAGUCUGGUUUUGCGUUGGCCAAGUCCUUGCAAAAGUGUCUCGUUGCACUAAGGAAUGGAAAAUCUCGUGGUUGCUCGAAGCGCUUGCUUUUGGGCUGACAGAAGCGCUGCUCGCAGCCUGCUGCUCUCACCAACUCCUGUGCCGUCGGAUUCCCGCAGCUCCCGGUGCGUUGGGAAUUGCCGCUACCAUAGUCUGCUGAGAACAUUUUUCCUGAGUGACUCCGGCUUCCAGACACAUUUGCCAUGAUAAGGGUUUCGAUCCUUUCCUAUAUUUGCCCUGAGUCAUGAAUGGAUAUGUGUGAUGCCUGCAAGUAAAACUGGGUAAGAAGAGUGACCUUUUUGGGUGGCUGUAACUGAAGAUUGCUUUACUGGAGCAUCUGAAGAAGGUUUUUGAGUCAUGAUGCAAGAAUCUGGGACUGAGACAAAAAGUAAUGGUUCAGCCAUUCAGAAUGGAGCGAGCAGUGGCAACCAUUUACUAGAGUGCAGCCUGCGGGAAGUGAGAUCAAACGGCGAGACACCUUCAGUUGAAAUUGGGGCUGCAGAUUUAGCACAUCUUCAGCAACAGCAGGCUCUCCAGGUGGCACGGCAGCUUCUACUGCAACAGCAGCAGCAGCAGCAACAGCAGCAGCAGCAGCAACAAGUUAGUGGAUUAAAGUCUCCGAAGAGGAAUGACAAACAGCCAGCCCUCCAGGUUCCAGUGUCGGUGGCUAUGAUGACACCUCAAGUGAUCACUCCCCAGCAAAUGCAGCAGAUCCUCCAGCAACAAGUGCUAACUCCCCAGCAACUCCAAGUCCUGCUCCAGCAGCAGCAGGCACUCAUGCUUCAACAGCAGCAGCUUCAAGAGUUUUAUAAGAAACAACAGGAACAGUUGCAGCUUCAACUUUUACAGCAACAACAUGCUGGAAAACAGCCUAAAGAGCCCCAGCAACAGCAGGUGGCUACGCAGCAGUUGGCCUUUCAGCAGCAACUCUUACAGAUGCAGCAGUUGCAACAGCAGCACCUCCUGUCAUUGCAGCGUCAGGGGCUGCUAACGAUCCAGCCUGGCCAGCCUACUCUGCCUUUGCAACCCCUUGCACAAGGCAUGAUUCCAACAGAACUGCAGCAGCUCUGGAAGGAAGUGACAAGCUCGCACACAGCGGAGGAGGCAGCCAGCAACAACCACAGCAGCCUGGACCUGUCCACCACCUGCGUCUCCUCCUCCGCGCCGUCUAAGACCUCCUUAAUCAUCAACCCACACGCCUCAACUAACGGACAGCUAUCGGUCCACACUCCUAAACGGGAGAGUUUAUCCCACGAGGAGCACUCACACAACCACCCACUCUACGGACACGGCGUAUGCAAAUGGCCGGGCUGCGAAGCAGUAUGUGAAGACUUCCAGUCGUUCCUGAAACAUCUCAACAGUGAGCAUGCGCUGGAUGAUAGAAGUACAGCCCAAUGUAGAGUACAAAUGCAGGUUGUACAGCAGUUAGAGCUACAGCUUGCAAAAGAUAAAGAGCGCCUGCAAGCCAUGAUGACACACCUGCAUGUGAAGUCAACUGAACCAAAAGCCACCCCUCAGCCCCUGAAUCUGGUAUCGAGCGUCACGCUUUCCAAGACAGCGUCCGAGGCGUCUCCGCAGAGCUUACCUCAUACUCCCACCACCCCGACUGCGCCCAUCACUCCCGUCACACAGGGACCGUCGGUCAUCACUACCACGAGCAUGCACAACGUCGGACCCAUCCGGAGGCGGUACUCGGAUAAAUACAACGUCCCCAUUUCUUCAGAUAUUGCCCAGAACCAAGAAUUUUAUAAGAACGCAGAAGUUAGACCACCAUUCACGUAUGCAUCUUUAAUUAGACAGGCCAUCCUCGAAUCUCCAGAAAAACAGCUAACACUAAACGAAAUCUACAACUGGUUCACGCGAAUGUUUGCUUACUUCCGACGCAACGCGGCGACGUGGAAGAAUGCAGUGCGUCAUAAUCUUAGUCUUCACAAGUGUUUUGUGCGAGUAGAAAACGUUAAAGGGGCAGUAUGGACAGUGGAUGAACAAGAGUUCCAAAAACGAAGGCCACAAAAGAUCAGUGGUAACCCUUCUCUUAUUAAAAACAUACAGACCAGCCACACCUACUGCACACCUCUCAAUGCUGCUUUACAGGCUUCAAUGGCUGAGAACAGUAUACCUCUAUACACUACUGCUUCCAUGGGAAAUCCCACUCUGGGCAAUUUAGCCAACGUGAUGAGGGAAGAGCUCAACGGUGCAAUGGAGCAUACGAACAGUAACGGGAGUGACAGUAGUCCAGGACGUUCCCCUAUGCAAGCAAUGCACCCCGUGCAUGUCAAAGAAGAACCGUUAGAUCCAGAUGAAAAUGAAGGCCCGCUAUCCUUAGUGACAACAGCCAACCACAGUCCAGAUUUUGAUCACGACAGAGAUUAUGAAGAUGAACCUGUAAAUGAGGACAUAGAAUGAGUAUGUCUGACAUCAUUAUCCUGAGAAUGAAGAUUGGAAGAACACGUCAAACUUAGCUGUGAAAUCUCUCCAUUAUUGUACAGUCUGGAGGAUUCUCAGUCCACUUUGACAACUAUGAAAUAUGUUAACUCUUAGUGCCAUCAAGUAUCCCAUUUGGGAGUAUUUUUGAUUUUUCUACUUUUUGUUGAAAAAAGGAAUUUGUACUCUGUGCAUUGGAUGGACUUGUUUGGUACUUGGGAUUUUCCUCUCUUACAGUCAACAUCAGUGUUGUAAAUUUGCUAAACUGAUUCACUCGCAUUUAGCAGCCAGCUGUGGACUGCAAGUCCUGCCAAUUUUGGACACUUGAGGACAUCAAACUGAGCAUGUACACCUGAACUGCAGAUCAAGUCUUUGCCCAGAUUUUAAGGAUUCCAAUGGACAACAUAUUUGCACAGUACUGCAUGUUGAUUAUCACUGCCUUUACUCCAUUUUUUUUGUUUUUUGGUUGGUUUCUUUUUUUUUUUUCCGCUUCCAUUUGGGAUGGGGAAGGCCUGUGUGUGCACGUGUGUGGAUAUGUGUGUGUGCGUGUGAGCGUGUAUAUCGGGGAGGGGUUAAAAGAAAAAAAUUAUCCCAAACUUUUUAAUGUAUUGCUUUUGUUCCCCCGCCCCACUUCUCCUCUACCAUUUUAAGUUCUGACCUCAGGCCUCAUCUGGGCCCAGGGCCUCUCGGAGGCUUCAACGUUUUCUGUACUUUGUGAUGAAUGUUAAUAGGUGUUUUUAUUAUACGAAGCUGAAUGUCA